AUGAAAGUCAACAACAAUCCUACAAGAUGGAUUAUAAUCGACCAUCAAGCAAGCUCAUUGUAUAAUUUGACCAAAGAUGGAAACUUUACAUCAACAAGCGUUGGGGUGAAAGCAUGGAAAUCGCUUGUCGUUCAUCGUUCGUUUUGGGAGAAAAAUGGUCAUAACUAUGGUUAUCAUGAAGGAUUUAAUUUCUGUAAUGAAUACGUGUAUGCACGUAUUGGAUUUUCCCUUAAUACAACAUGCAAGGCGUUUUUAGGCUUGGGUACUUUAUUUUAUAGUACUGAAGACAAAAAGUCUAGUAUUACAUACGGUUAUGCUUUGUGCAAUGAGCCUGGCACUAAAUUUGCAGCAUCCGGAUACAUAUUUGUACAGUAG